AUGUCUUUUCGUGGCCGUAAGGGGUGUCGAAAUUCUUGCCAAUCCUCUCUUAGAAAUGGAAAUUCUGAUAAUCCUAUGGGUUUCUUACCUGUUGCACAAAAACCGAGUCACAUUCGCGCACGUGGAAGUGGUAACGCUCGAGGUUUUAUUCGUAGCAAUGCUCGGGAUCAAAUUGACCGUGGUAAAAAAAUCUCUCAUUCUGAAUUUAAUUCUUUCAAUACUACGGAUUUUGGCUGUUCAGGAGAAAAAGACUACUGUGAUUCCGUUGAAAGUGUUCCUUCGCAUGUUCAAACAGAUAAGCAAGACUCUAUGAGUUCUACUUCAAGACAAGGUGGAAUUAUUCAGAUACCCAAAGAGGUGAAUAUUUACAAUCAGAUUGUUAUAAACAAUGACGGUAUUAGCGGUAGCGUCAAAAGCGAGCUACAUUCAAAACCUGUUCAGGUUGUUCGUCCACAUCAAAAGAAAUGUAAUAAUCAUUUAUCCGAUUUCCGUACUUCAAAUCGUGUUGUCAAGCCUAAUAGACAAGGUGAUGCUCGCGACGCAUCAAAUGAGUCCAAUUUUCCCCCAUUUCGGCAAUCAGUGCAACAGCAACCAAGGACUUCUCAAAAUCCCGUUGUUGGUGAAGCGGCUGUGAACAUUUUAACCUAUUUUAAUGCUCUAAACACUCUUAUGAAACCACCUGGAGUGUGUGCUCCCCAUAUGCCUCCUCUUCCCGAUGAGAAUUCAGACGAAAAAUCAGCCCUCUCCAAAGCCCAGCUUCUGUUUCUCCGUUGGUGGUUUUCAAUAAAGAAGCUGCGUGAGAAUCUUUUCGCCUGUUUUGAGACCCUGAUUCUUCAUGAUCUCAAUUUCUGUUUUGAGGGUCAAGUGGAAUUGGAGCUUUGGAAGGCUAUAUUUUACAACCUUAUUGAAUUGAUGCGCGGGUGGCUUAAUAAUCCUUUUGAUACCGAGUUAUUAUCAGUGCCAGCUGAGGGUAUUGAUAUGGCAAAAAUAGAUUUUGAAGCUUGUGAAGGACUUGUUAAAUUGAUCAAGAAGACCCUUCUGGAUGAUGUGAUUGAAAGUGGUAUUGAGCGUUACAUUGAGUUGUUGAGUAGCCUUCAGCAGGCCUAUAAGAUAUCUUUGGAUCAUCUUUUGGCUGAAGGUCGGCCUGCACCGGAUUCCAACUCACGAACGGUCAUUCUGUUCUACCUUUGUUCUCAGAAGAUCUCUCUUUUUAUCGGUGAUUUGGCCCGCUACGCUGAGUCUAUCAAUAAUACUCAAAAUUUUGGAAUAGCUAGAAGGCAAGUUAUAUUUUUUCCUCUAUCGUUGUAUUGGAACCGUUUUGUUCAUUUUUUCCAUCCUUUAAAUUUCUUGGCUUUCAGCUGGUAUUUAAAAGCCCAACUCAUAUACCCCAAAAAUGGUCGUGUUUAUAAUCAACUUGGAUUUCUUUCAAUCAAAAUGGGUCGACCAUUGGAUGCAAUGUGUUACUACAUGCGGGCAUCUGCUGCGAGCAAUCCUUUCCCAACCGCUGUGCAAACCCUUCUUGCUCUCUUCCAUGAGCAUGAAGACCAUUGGAACAAGUGGGCGCGCAAUAAUCCCCUCAAGGGCCAGUUUCAUCUCGGUACGAAAACAAAAGAGGCCAAGACUGCUAACGAAGCGGCUAACUUUGUGGCAGAGGGUAUGAAGAAUAAAAUUGAGAUUUGGUACCACCCAGUGAACAACGUGGUAACAAUUGUUAUGGGAGUGAAUAGUCUUGUGGUGCCACGGGCCUUGCUUCAACAGAGAAUGAAGGAGGCUCGCGCACAGAGGUCACGAAGCAAUUCCCCCGGCUCCCUGGCAAGUGAGGAAGAGUCCGAAGAGGCGCAAGCGGAUGCUGAAGAAUAUGCUAAUAUACCCCUUCUUAAGGCAAGAUCUUACUUAGAUUUAUUCAACAAAGAUAUUCGGUCUACUCUUAAACAUUAUUCAUGUCUGUCAUGUGAUCAUCUAUACAGAUCAGUCUGCUCGCAGAUUUGGCGAGUCAUUUUCCUAACGAAGACGUUUAGUCUCUACUUCAUGCAUACUCAUGGGCUACUAUUUACUAAAAUUGGAAUGGAAACGUUCCCUGAUGUGGCAUCCACAGCCCUACAAGCUCUUUCAGGUCUACUUGCUCAAGAACCUUGUGCAAUCAGUCGCGAUCGUCUUUACCAAAUUCUCAUGUCAAAUAUGUUCAAUCUGGAUCGAUCUGCAAGUCUCUCUACCGCUAUGAAAUCUACUACCACGGCAGGAUCGGAGCCUGCCCGGUCUGUUCACCACGACCACGCUGCCAGAUUUGCUCUUGACACUUUCAGCCUGAUUUGUCGCCGAGCCACGAAACUAUUCAAUGAGUCUAAAGGUGGUCCCCCAAAUUCCGAGAGUUGGCUUCAUCCUGAUUUGAAAGUCCUUUUGCCUGGACUGCGUUUGUGGACUGAGUGGAUGAUCCUCCAUCCAGAACACUGGUCUCCACCCCCUAGGUAUCGCGACCCAGUUCUACGUCCACAUCUUGAUGAAUGGCGCUUGGUUGCGGAUAUGUGCACAGCGGCUUCAAAAUGGAUUUCGAAAGUGAAAAAUGCCCCUAGAUUUGAGGAAAUUACCCCCACAAACGACUUAGUAGUGCAGAAUUACUUGAGAAAACAGGCAGAAAAGGGACAAACUCCUCCCAUCGAAGGACCGAAAUAUGGCACGUUGUUCGAAGAGACUGUUUUUGCGGGAUUUAAACCUAUGCUGGAUCUCAUUCCCAAGUUGUAUCAAUACUCCGGGGAUUGGGAUUCGGAGAGUGUGGAACAGUUUAUUCGUAUUGAAAAGAUUGUAUUGUUUGGGGAUUUUCUGUGCGGAAUUGAGACUCCGGUUCUUAGCUUUGACGUUGAUAAUGGAGUUUAUUUGAAGUCGGUACCUGAAGAGCCGGAUACGUCUGAAAAGCCUCGACUUGAUAAUGGUCUUGGCGAGCUGGAAGAAAGGACAGAGGAGUUGCUAUCAAAUGAGAAGGCCGUGACUAAUAACCAGAGGCUUCAGAAAGAGACGGAAGAUGAUCAGGAGGAUGUCGGUGAUGAGGAGUUUCAGGCGUUACGUAGGAAGCGUGAUGAGUUGAGGGCUCAAGUUGAGAGUAAGAGUCGUUUGGCGGAAUGGAGAGCGAAAGCUGAAAAGAGGACUGCUGCAGGCCACUCAAGGGCUGUGGAAAUUGAAGUGCGACCGGUGUAUAUUGUUCCGGAUACAAACUGUUACAUUGACUGGCUGGAAGGCAUUGCUAGACUUGCUCAAACCUCUUCAAACUAUACAUUACUUGUGCCAAUUAUUGUAUUCAAUGAGCUACAGUACCUAGCCUCUAAGGCUAGACAGCAGUCACUGAAUCCGAUUGAGAACGCCUUCUCCGAGUACCUCGUAAAUCCCACCUCUAACACCAAGAAGGGUGACAUUAUUCAAGACCGUGCCAGAGCGGCAAUAAUCUAUUUGGAAGGUGAAUUCGAACGACGUAAUCCUCGACUCCGUGCAAUCACUGCUCAGGGCAACAUCCUCGAAACCAUCGCCUAUCGCAAUGAGCUUGACACCCGGCAGGUAGACCAGAACAACGAUGAUGUUAUCCUUGAUUGCUGUCGACACUUGUGUAAAGAACCUCUAGGAAGGAAGGUUGUGAAUGUUCCGUCACAAAAUCAACCAUUGGUACUCAACCGCCAAGUCGUUCUUCUCACUGGCGACAGGACACUGCGAAUUAAGGCCCGAAGUGCCUACGUUCCGGUCACACCCCUUCGACCCUUUGUGAUGUGGUCCAACCUCAAACCCGUGGUCUUGCCUCGUGAGGUUGAGGAGCUUAUUUCCAAUGCCCUCCCCUCAGAUCAAAAGGUAUCAGAAGGACUGGAGCCAGACAAGAAAAACACUCGUAAGAACAGAGGUGGUCGUCAGAAAUGA